UCCUUAGGAUGUUUGAUAGCCAAUUAUUCCUUUGCUGUUUUUUCCCCACUCCUAGACCCUCUCGUGGCCAUGGCUUCAUCUCCCAGAAACUCAGUUCUUUGUAAUGGAGGAUCAACAGUGGCUGAGCUUCCAACCCAGGAUUUGGUGUCAUUUGAGGAUGUAGCUGUGUUUUUCUCCAUGGAGGAGUGGGCCCUGCUGGAUUCUGAGCAAAAAGCCCUGUACCAAGAAGUCAUGCUGGAAAACAAGAGGAACGUGGCCUCCUUAGCAGGUGAUGGAUGGGAGAUGGAGGAUUCUGGCCAAGAGACAGCAGCACCUUUGCCAAAAGACAAAAAGGAAGUUACAGAAAAACUGUAUGUAAAGCAAUGUUUGGAGCAAAACCAGUUAACAGGGGAGCUGGAGAAUUGCUCUGGUUUACCUUGUCCAGAUACCAAUGUCUUAUUGGACACAGAUGAUUGCCAAGAAAAACAAGUGUGUUCAUGGUGUGGAAAAAGACUCUGUGAUGAAUCUGGAAUAGGUGACUGUUGCAAAAGCCCAGCUGGAGAGAAACAAGAUGAAAGCAGGCAACACCCCAGAAGGAGCCUUCCUCCUCCUUUACAUGAAAAAAUAAAAGAAGGAGGGAAACCGUACAAAUGUACAGAGUGUUCAGAAAGCUUUGGUACAAGCCGCUCUCUUGCAUUGCAUAAAAAGAUUCACAAAGCAGAGGAUCCACACAAAUGUCUGGAUUCUGGAAGGACCUUCAGUCAAAAAAGUCAUUCUAAUUCACAUAAGAGGGUCUAUGAAGAGAGGAAGCAGCAUCAAUGCAUUAAUAGGGGAACCAACUUUGGAAGCAACGCAUCCCUUACUUCCCAUGAAAGCCUCCAUAGAGAGGAGAGGUUACAUCAACUCAGGGAGGGUAGAAUGAGGUUUACUUGGAGCAAGGAACCGAAUUCCCGGAAAAAAAUCCCCACUGGAAAAAAAGCAUAUAAAUGCCUAGAAUGUGGGAAGAGCUUCCGCUUUGCAAGUGGCCUCACUUGCCAUAACAGGACACAUACAGGGGAAAAGCCAUAUCAUUGUACGGUGUGUAGAAAGAGCUUCAGUCAAAAAGAUCAUCUUAAGUUACACAAGAAGAUCCACACGGGAGAAAAACCAUUUCAGUGCCUCCACUGUGGAAAGCACUUCCGUCAAAAAGAUCAUCUUAAGUCACACGAGAGGAUCCACACGGGAGAAAAACCAUUUCAAUGCAUGGAGUGCGGAAAGAGCUUCAAUGCAAGAAAUGGCUAUAUCGUACAUAGCAGAAUCCACACGGGGGAGAAACCCUUUCAGUGCCUGCAAUGUGGAAAGCGCUUUUCCCGUUCUGAUAGCUUUCGUGCCCACAAAGGGACCCACACAGGUGAGAAACCAUACAAAUGCCUGGAGUGUGGAAAGAGCUUCUGUAGAUCCAACAUCUUAACUUCCCAUCAAAGUAUCCACAGAGGAGGGAAACCAAAUCAAUGCACCGAUUGUGGGAAGUGCUUCAGUCAAACAAGUCACCUUAAUACCCAUAAAAGAAUCCACACAGGUGAAAAGCCCUAUAAGUGCACUGAGUGUGACAAAUGCUUCACCAAUUCGGGGGGCCUCACUUGCCACAAAAGGCUGCAUACUGGGGAGAAACCAUAUGAAUGCUGCACGUGUGGAAAGAGCUUCAGUGCAAAACAAAGCUAUAUCGUACAUAGUAGAACCCACACUGGGGAGAAACCCUAUGAAUGUUUGGAGUGUGGAAAAACUUUCAGCAGAAGAUGCACUUUAACCUUACAUAAUAGGAUCCAUACAGGGGAAAAGCCAUAUCAUUGCACAGUGUGCGGUAAGAGCUUCGCGCAAAAAGGCAAUUUCAAUUUACAUAAGAGCAUCCACACCGGAGAGAAGCCGUAUAAAUGCACAGAGUGUGGAAAAUGCUUCAGGACCUCCUUUGAGCUUACUUCCCAUAAGAGGAUCCACACAGGGGAGAAACCCUAUGAAUGCUUGGAGUGUGGAAAAAGCUUUAGCAGCAGCUCUACUCUAACCGUACAUAAUAGGAUGCAUAAAGGGGAAAAACCUUAUAAAUGCCUGCACUGCGAAAAAAGCUUCAGUCAAAAAGGUCAUCUUAAGUCACACAAGAGGAUCCACACGGGGGAAAAACCAUUUCAAUGCAUGGAGUGUGGAAAGAGGUUCCGUAAAUCCAGCCACCUAACGUCCCAUAGAAGUAUCCACAGUGCAGAGAAACCGUAUCAAUGCACCAAUUGUGGGAGGUGCUUCAGUCAAACAAGUCAACUUAAUAUCCAUAAAAGGACCCACACAGGUGAAAAGCCCUAUAAGUGCACCAAGUGUGACAAAUGCUUCACCGAUUCGGGGGCCCUCACUUGCCAUAAAAGGCUUCAUACUGGGGAUAAUAUGAAUGCUGCAAGUGUGGAAAGAGCUUCAAUGUAA